UGAGUUUUUAAAAAGUUUUAAUUUCGAAUGUAUGUUUUUCUUUUCUUCAUUUCAAGGGUUUGAACCUUUCUUAAGGGUUGAGACUAUAAAAACUGAAAGUUUUAUUUAAAAGAAAACUUCAAAUACCAUUAUAAAAGUUGGUCUUUUAAUUUAUUUAUUUAUAAACCUUUCAGUCUUUUCAAAUCAUAUUUGAUAGAUUUUGUUGACAAAAUCCCUAAUUUCUAAUAAGGAGAUAUUUUAAAUAAAUUGUACAAAUGAUUAGUUUAAAAUGAAUUCACGAUAAUUUUUUAUACAUGUUAAAUCUAAUAAGAGAAAUUUUGAAGAAAACAAUAUAUUAAAUACCUUCAAAUCCUCCAUACAAUAACCAUUUAAGUGAUUAAUGGAAGAAAAAUAAUUGUUGGAAAAACAUUUGGGGAAAUUUGUUUUUUUUUUAAAAAUAAAUUUCAUUUCUGUAAGUUAGUUAGUAAAAGAAAUAAAAUAAAACAAUAAAUUUUUAAUUUUCUUGGAAGUUUAAUUAAUCUAUGGGUCCAGUUUCUCGCCAAUCGGGUAGAUUAGCUAGGGAUCAUCGAGCUGUUUCUUCUCAAAUCUCGAUGCAAAAAAAAAAGCUUUCUAGUUAACGUAGCUCAAUCUUCUCUUUAAUCCCCUAUUUAUAUGCGUUUCAUUAUUUGAAGAAGCACGUUUAAAUACUCCUGAUCGUAAGCUAUAACCCUUUUUCUCUUGUUUUUUUACAUCAACCCAUAUUCAUUUUUAUUCUAGGGUUUUUGUUUUUGAAAAGUAUUUGGAUCAAAAUAAAUUUCUUCUCUUUUUGGUUGUUUGUGUCUUGAUGGUUAUAAUGGUUGAACUCUUAUUUCUUCUUUCUUUUUUGGUAGAACUACAAAGUUAUUGCUUUCAUAUGUAUCUUGAGAACAAAAUAGUGAAAAAUGGGGUGAAUUUUAUUUCAUUACUUUUUAAGAAACCAGUUUCAUGGUUGUCUUUCAUCGCCCCACCACUAAACCCUCUAAAAGAGGUUCAAGAUCAAGAUCUUGGUCAGCAAGACUCUUUAGGAGACAUCGUAAUAUCUACGACCAGUGAUGAGAUUGUCACAAAUAAAGACGAAGACGAUGGAACAAUCCCUGAUGAGGAAAGCUUCAUAGAGCUCUCUUUACCAAGCGGCCACUACGUUGGCCAACACUUCAGUACGAUGGCUGGACAUCAAGAUUUCGGACUUAUCCAACUAUUAGCCGAGUUUGAAGACGAUAAUCUGAUCGAAAUCGAUAUUUCUGUCGGAUCCAUUAAGUGUUACACGUUCCAGAUCAAAGCCUGAUUCAUCUUCAUAUAUUUUCUACAACUUGGAUGUAAAGUAAUUGCGGUAUUUUUGCACGUUAGAAGUGCUCUGUGUUUUUGUUGUUCUAGAUCUCUCCAGUCUUGUGGGGUUUUGCUAUUGAUAUAUAUUAACUA